CAGACGCUGCUCCUCAGCAGUCGUGUGUUUUCGGUUCUCCGGUCUCCGCUGUCCGCAGCGCAGUUUUCAGGUAGAUUAAAAAAUAAAGUUUCUCAUUGGCCAGCUGUCCCCGCCGGGUGCCAAUCAGCGGAGUGUUGCUAUGCCGAAUUUGUGCAGCUGUUGGUAGAUGUGGCUGUCCGUCAUGUCCGUACGGUGAGGGAGAGAAAUGCAGCUCUGAGUUCACACUCACAACACCGCCGGGCUUAUGCGCUGCAUCCAAAAACCUGUGCGUCUGGAAAAAAAGGGGGACCCAAGGAAUACACGGCAAACACGGGAUACGAUUGCUUUCAAGAGACUGGUCACCCAAAGAAACCAGCGCAGGGGCGAUUGAAACCUGUUCAUAUUGUUUUUAUUCGAAGGUGUGCGCCACCCCCCCCCCAGCCCCACCACGGCGCUCACCUGUGUGCUGCGGUGCUUCCCGUGCGAGCCGACCUGGGCCGGCAGCCCGUUCCCGCACCGCCACCCUGCGCCACCCGUCCUGAGAAUGACCCGCUCCAAGACCUUCCAGGCCUACCUGCCCAGCUGCCACCGAACCUACAGCUGCAUCCACUGCCGGGCACACCUUGCCAACCAUGACGAGCUCAUCUCAAAGUCCUUUCAAGGAAGCCAAGGCCGGGCGUACCUCUUCAACGCUGUAGUGAAUGUGGGCUGCGGCCCUGCGGAGGAGCGAGUCCUGCUCACCGGCCUGCACGCCGUGGCGGAUAUCUAUUGUGAAAACUGCAAGACCACCCUGGGCUGGAAAUAUGAGCAUGCGUUUGAGACCAGUCAGAAGUACAAGGAGGGCAAGUUCAUCAUCGAGCUGGCACACAUGAUCAAGGACAACGGCUGGGACUGAGCACAGUGUGGUUUGGCAUGCAGCAGUGGGGGUGGCCCUGGGUCCCCCCUCUGCCCCCCUACCACCUGCUUGUUGCAAAGUGAGAGAAGGGCUGGAGCUGGACUGAGGGGGCUUCUCUGUGUGUCUCCCUCUCUGGUCGUGUACACUCCUUUUCACCCGCUCCCCCCAUGCAUCCAUUCUGUGGACUCUAGACUUGACUGCUAGAGACCUCGCCUCGUGUGCUUGGGGGUGGGUGGGGAGUAUUGGAGAAAUGUCUCAGACAGUGCGCUUGCUCUGCAGUGGUAGGGGUACCUGACGGUGAUCCUUGCUGGUUGGUCUCCGAGGAGGAGGGAGGGGGUGUUGACCCAAAAUGUGCUGACCAGGCUGCUGUAGUAGCCACUUCCAAGCAACUGGCCAGUUGUCACUGAGAUAAUGACCAAAGAUUGUGCUGGAAUGAGUCUCAACCCCAGUACAGGGGCUGGCGGUGUUUGCAGGGAAAUCUCCCCCAGCACGUUGACUUGUGUAAACAUCCAGAUACAGAGAAAGCCUUAAAGAACCUCGACGAUGCUGCUGCCAGGUCCCUCCCUAGUGCUGGGGUGUUCCCUGCAUGCAGAGAGUGCCUCAUGUGUCACAAGCCAUGUGGGUUUGGGCUCAAGGAAUGGGCAUGACCCCCCUUUUGACCAAAUCCCCAAGGAAAGUCUGGUAGCUUGAGGCACAGCACAACCAAAGACCAUUCACCCCACAGCCCACCCGACCACAAAACCCGGGACGUCUCAAUCACCUGUUUGGUGGGGCAAGGCAAACCAACCAAUGUGAUGACUGGUGGAAAGCCAUUUUGGGGGACACCCCCCCUCUCCUCCUUUUUGUGGAGUUAUAUGAAUGCAUUGUGCCUGCUUUUGCAGAAACUCGAGAUGUUAAUCUGUCUCUCUACCUGUGUGGUCUUUGCGUAUUACGUUGUAAUAUAUGACGGCGAGUCAUUGUAAAUGUAGCUGGUGCUCAUUCUUGUUGUCGAAUACGUUUUGUUAUGGUGUCUCAUGUUGUUAAUGCAAACCUGUCUCAUUUGUUUGGAAGGCUGUGCUGUCUGCCUCGUCCCUUAUUACUAAAAGCACUUUGUCAUGCUGGUUGUUUACAAAUGAAAGUGCUUCAUUGGGGCGGUUCCUUUUUAUUUUACAUAAGAAGGCCGUCAUCAGUUGAAAUGUGAGAAAUGAAAAC